ACAGAGAGAGAGAAAGAGAGCGGAGGAGGCCAGAGAGAGAGUUUGCGUCGAGGAGGAAGAAAGAAAGAAGCCAAAAUCCCAGGCGGCAGCGAUUUGAAAUCUCCGGUUUCCUUCGCUGGCCGCGACAACGACGACACCCUAAGCAGACAAUAUGGAGAUUACGUUUUUUGGUCGUUUCGUCGUUGAUUCUGAGGCUUGAGGAAUAAGAAGAAGAAGAAGAAGAAGAAGAAGAUAUUGGUGAGAUGGGAAGGAAGAAAAGUUGUCAUGUUCAUAGGGCUCCUUCCGACGAUGAAACCAUGUUUUCUCAGGAUCGUAAACCCAAGAGGAUCUACCAACUCUGGCCGGGUAACAAUAAAUUUUAUUGCGGAGGGAGACUAGUCUUUGGUCCAGAUGCAUCUUCGCUCCUUCUCACCACAGUUAUGAUUGGAGGUCCUGCUCUCACUUUCUGCAUCCGAAUGGCUUUUAUGAUCGGGAAACGCUAUCCCUUGUUCCACUCUCUUGUGUUGUUGGGUGCACUGAUGCUCACAGUCUUGGAUUUCACAUUUCUCUUCUUAACAUCCUCGAGAGACCCCGGGAUUAUCCCUAGAAACAAAGAAGCACCUGAAGCAGAAGGGUUUGAUAUGAUCACUCAAUCCUCAGAAUGGGUAAACAACAAACUUGGUAAUACAAAGAUACCUCGAACCAAGGAUAUACUGGUGAAUGGCUACACUGUCAAAGUUAAGUUUUGUGAUACGUGUUUGCUUUACCGUCCUCCCCGCGCCUCUCACUGUUCCAUCUGUAACAACUGUGUCCAAAGAUUUGAUCACCAUUGUCCAUGGGUUGGCCAAUGCAUCGCUUUACGAAACUAUCCGUACUUCAUCUGUUUCAUAUCAACUUCAACACUCCUCUGCUUGUACGUCUUUGUCUUCUCAUGGAUCAGUAUGCUUGAGUUACACGGCAAGAUGUUGUUAGUGGUCAUCGCAAACGACUUCGUCUUUGUUGUUCUCAUCCUCUACUGCUUUGUCGUUGUCUGGUUUGUCGGCGGACUCACUGUAUUCCACCUCUACCUCAUCUGCACUAAUCAGACAACUUAUGAGAAUUUCCGGUACCGAUAUGACAAGAAAGAAAACCCUUACGGAAAGGGUCUUUUCAAGAACCUAUAUGAGUUGUUCUUUGCCAGAAUCCCACCUCCAAUGAUCAACUUCAGAGACUGGGCUCCAGAGGAAACUGACGUAGAGGUUGGAUCCAUUGCAUCUGAGCUAGACCGAACCUUUGGACCCCGAGGAGAUAAAUAUGAUAUGGAAAUGGAAAUAGGCGGUUGCAAAAACAGCAAGGGCGGUUUGCUCCUCCAGACACUGGAGUAUGACAACAGAAACAUCGAAGAAAAUGUCAAGAAGAAAGGUUUAGGUGAAGGAACCAUUGAGACCAACACCGUGUUUCCCAUCCCAGGGAUUCAAGAACCCGCGUAUAUAACAAGAAACUCGAGUGUUGAUGUGAGAUUGAGGUAGGACAACAACAACAACAAAGAAAAGAAACCAUGGAUCACAGAACAUAGAUCUUUUGCAGAAUCUUUGCGCCUGUGAAAAAUGCUUGAUUACUUGUGAAAACUAUACUCUCUUUAUUUCUAAAGCCAUACGCUUUUUGUCUUCAACGAGUAAAAUUCAGAGAUAAAAAGGGUGCAGGAGUAGUCAUUGCGGCGCGAGUUUCUUGCAUCACAGGUUUAUUCAAAACAGUUUCUUUCUUGAUUCUCCUUUGGUUUCUUGAAUACGUGAAAAUGAGACGAUACAGAAUCAAUGUUGGAUUCAGGUUAAGAAACACACAGAAAAUAGAAGAAAAGAACUCGUAAACUUAAAUAGAAGUCAAAAUGGGAACAAAAAAGCUCUCACCUUCACAAUAAAUAAAUAGAGAAUCACUCUCAAGAUAAUAAUAAUAAUGAAGAAAAGGAACAGAACAUUAACAGCCAAGGGAGAUGCAGACUCUAAUCCAUUUCAAAGAUCAUGUACAAGAACAAGAACAGAACAAAGGUCCCAAACUUUUCAGACUUGGCAAAACCGAAGGAUACGUCUCAUCGUGAGGCUUCCAGUCUCGGACAGGUUAAGCAGAGAAAGAGAGAGAGCACCUGAAAGAAUGUUCAAAAGGAAUCGAAUGUUUCUAUGUAAGGACCUCCAUUAUCUGGUAUGGCGAAACCCCAUUUUGUUUCUUGGAUAAGAGCUUAGCCUGAAGUUUCAAUUUCUUUCCCAUGAUCUUCUGAAAGAUUCCUCUUUAAUCUUCUUAACCAAAUGUCGUAAUCUAAUGGAUAUGGUGUCCCACAUAAACUGUCAACGUAGUCUGAAAACGCUUUUAAAAUGGUUGAGACAUCGCCUAGCUUCUGCUGAAUCAAUCUUUUUGACCACGAGGUCUCUCUCCAUUGAAGCGCUCCUUCAACUGAAUCCAAUUCAGGGAAGUCUCCAGAACA